AUGUUUGAAUUAUACCGUCUCCAACGUUUGAAUCACCAGAAAGCAAGGAGACAUUCUCUUUUAAAUGGUUCAAGUUCAACAUCAUCUGAACGUUCUAAACAGUCAUUGGUUUCUGCUUAUUUUGGUCGUAAUCGAAAUGCACAUCGAGAGUCAGCAAGUUAUAUGCCGACUAUAUUCAACUUCCAACCAGUAAUUGGUUAUCAUUCCUCAGCACUUAGACGUCGCGUUGGUCGUGCAGACGGCACUAAAACAAGCCUAGUUGGACCGUUUGAACCCCCUAACUCUGAUAUCAUCAUUCAGCGUGGUUUAAAGGUCUUUGAAUCAAAGAAACGUGCUCAUGAAGCUGUUGAUUCUGGCACUUCUAAUGCAGAGGAAUCAUCUUAUGGAUCUGGCCUUGGGAAAUCUAAACGCCGGCGAACUUCUAGACCACUCGACUUAUCUACUUUAGGAUGUACAAACGAUAUUAACGGGUUUUCUUUCACAUCACUACGCCAACUGAGGAGUGGAAAUAUUACAAGUUUCUACCCAUUUGAUAACCUAACUUCUAAUAAAACCAAUGAUCAAAAUAGCAAAUCUGUUCAAACACAAAUUGUUAGUGAAUCUGGAGAUGAUGGUACAGGACUAAACACUGUUUCUACAAGUCAUAUCGAAUUAUCUCAAAUGACUACUCCUGGAUCUGGUGCAGCUCUGAGACGAAAAAUUCCAUACAUGUCACCAUCUGAACUUGAAGCUCAUUUGUUGUCUGCCAAAGCUGUGACAUAUACAGAGCAGUAUUCAACAAAUAACUCUGUUGAAGCGGAUGAUUGCAACCUUCUUGAACUAGAUAUUUCACCUGUCCAGUGUGUAAGGAGGAAGGUUACAGCUCGUAGGAUUGGACCCGAAAACGACCAAACUGUGGUUUCAGUUCAGUCCGCUUCAAGUAAUUCCACGUCACCACUGGUCAAUAAUGCUAUAGCUUACGACAAUAAAGAAACAAAUAGUUCGGAACUUACAGUUGUCCAGCCAACUUCGUUGAAUCGAUUUAUUGCAAACCUUGAAAGUCAUUCAAAUCUAUCUCUGGACUCACCGAGUAAAGGUGGGUUGUUUUAUCGCCCGUCUGGAGGCUUUGAUGUUGAGUCCCGAGUGAAACGGAUCCGUGAAUUAAUUUCAGUUCAGCCGAGUAGUCAGAGUCAUUCUGUUUUAUGUGGCCUAAACACUCACAUAACUACCAGUUCCAGCGCAAGUACAAAUUAUUUCAACCCUGUUAUUCAGAAUCUAGUUAGUUCAAAUGCGCCAACUGUCACUUCUUCCAUAUCAAUGUCAUUUACUGGUGUGUCUACAGCUUCUUGCAUGAGUUUCAUGUCGGCAGUUGUGUGUAGUACCCCCGGACUAGUACAAAAUGUCACCUCAGUUACUAGCACAACACCAUCUUCAACAAACUCUAAACUUUUUAAUUUUGCUGGACUCAGUUCAACUAACGGUGUUGUGUGUACUCAGUCUGAUGUAUCCAAAUCCGUUGCUGUUACUUCUAUUGUGAGCUUACCUGUUAACAUAGGUUUUGGUUUCGCCGCUGCCUCGAAUACAUCAGCCCCACCUAUUUCAGUGACCAGAGUGGCCACCGUAUUGGCAACUGAAGUUACCUCUGCCACAUUUUCUCUUCCUUUUACCACGUCUACACAGGUUUCAGUAUUGAAGGAACCGACAACCACUUCAGUUUCACUGCCAACAUCGACUCCAAUCUCAUUUCCAGCUUUUAAUUCAGUUGCGAAAUUUGGUGUUAAUUCAACGCCUCAAACUACUUCCUCAGCAGUUCCAUCUUUCUUAUGUACUUUACCGAGUAGUACAACAUCUACAACUAUGAUGACUUCAAUGACGAUAACAACUGCACCAACAACAGCACUAGUGACAACUAGUGCUACCUUCUCGUUUGCAUUUCCACCUGCGUCAUCAAAUUCUUGUUCUCUACCGUUACAAACGACCUCUUCAAACUCAGCAAUGACAACAAACAUUACAUCAAAUGUUUUUGGAUCAGUAAAACCGAUCUCCACCUUCGUUACUGGCGCUUGUGGUUUAUCAUUAUUUGGAUCCAGUCCUGUCACUGCUAGCUGUGCAUCUGUAUCACUUCCUGUCGCACCAUCUGUGUCUGGCUUCAGUGCAAAUGGGAUGAAGCCAUUGUUCACUCCGGUGUCGGUUUCUCAACCCACAACAUUCUCGAAUAGUUCUUUUACUCUGGGAAUUAAACUUGCUAAUGUGACACCUGUAACAUCUGCAUCUUUAUUCGGAACUGGUGGCCAGCCUUUUGGAAAUGCAACUACGUCGUCAAAUUUCAAUUUCGGCCAACUGAUUCCGAACAAUACAUCUAGUACAAUUAGCAGUAGUGGCAUUUCAUUCGGUUCGUACAGUUUUCAAUUCGGUAGUUUCAAUUCCACUGUAAAAUCAUCGACACCUACCACUUCUCAACCGUUCUCUUUUGCUUCACCGGCUCCAGUGUUUUCCCUAAAUAAAAUGUUUACACCUCUGCCUUCACAGCCGAUAUCGUCGUUCUCGUCGCUUAAUUCAAGUGUCAAGCCUAUCACUACCACUAUUGCUUUCCAGUUUGGUUCCAGUACGGUAUUUUCUAAUAACAGUUCGUCAACUAGUUUUAGUGGGUUCAACUUUUCUCAAACACCGACUUCGACACCAAGCGUAAUUAAUCCCCAAGCAAAUACUGGUUUUGUGUUCGGUCAAACAGGAUUGAAUACAACCUUUAAUGCUAAUCCGUUUACUUUUGGCACAUCUAAAAGUCCAUCCACUGCCCCAAAUGCACCUCGUCGUCGACCUCUUUCAAGCAGGCGCUCUCGUCGCCCAUGA